AUGAAGAAUAAACAGAAAACUUCAAAAAGGAAAUUGAGUACCACAAAAAUUAAAAAUAAUGUUACAGAAGAAGAAGAAAAUUCAACAAAAUCUAUAUUUAAAGAAGAAUCGGAUUCAGAUGCUGAAGAUUUAUUAUCUGCUGAAGUGAAUAAUAAUAAUGAAAGCACAGAUGAAGAAAUAGAUGAAAAUGAAGAUAUUCCUGAAUCAGAUACCGAAAAAGAUCUAAUUGUUUUUGAAUCUGAUGAUGAUGAAGAAGAAUUAAGUUUUGAAACAGAUUCAGAUGAUUUUGAUUUGAAUAAAGAUUAUUCUGAAAAUAAUGAGGAAAAUAUUUCUUUCGGUAAAAACACUAAUGAAAGUGAAGAUGAAAGUUUGGAAAACUUUUUAAAAAAUGAAAAUUUCAAAUCUAAACAAAAUAAAUCUAAAGAGAUAAAAAAAAAUGAAUCUUCUAUAUCUAAUAUCAAUAACAAAAAUAAUGUAUCUAAUAUGAUACAAAUUAAUAAACAAAACAUAUAUUUUACAAAUAAAAUUAAUAAAUCAAAUGUAUCAACUAUUUCUAAAGUUAUCCAGAAUAAUAAAAUAAAAAAUGAUCAUAAUUUUAAGUUAAAUGAUGUAAAAAGAUCUAAAGAAAAAAAUCUGGAAAAAAAUAUUGAAUUUAGUAUAAACAAAAAAAUGAAUAGUGAUAAAAUGAUAAAAAAUGAACAAAUAGAUGAAUAUGAAUAUGAUAGUUCUGAUGAAGAAGAUAUUCGCAAUACAAUUGGAAAUAUACCAAUAAAAUGGUAUAAUGACUAUGAUCACAUUGGUUAUAAUUGGGAUGGUAAAAAAAUUAUAAAACCUCAAAAAGGUGAUCAGUUAGAUAAUUUUUUGAAAAGAAUGGAAGAUCCUGAUUUUUGGAGAACAAUUAAAGAUCCUCAAACUGGACAAGAUGUUAAAUUAAGUGAAGCAGAUAUAGAUUUAAUUACAAGGAUACAAAAACGGAAAAUUCCUGAUAUAACUUUUGAUGAAUAUUCUCCAUGGAUAGAAUGGUUCACUUCAGAAAUAAUGAAAACACCAGUACGUAAAUUUCCAGAACAUAAACGUUCAUUCUUACCAUCUAAACCAGAAGCUAAAAAAAUAUCAAAAUUAGUUCAUGCACUUAAAAUGGGUUGGAUAAAAUCUACAGAAGAAUUAAAAAAAGAAAAGGAACAGAAAAAAUACGAUCCACAAUUUUACAUGUUGUGGCAAUCAGAUGACCAAGCUGAAGAAAUGCGUAGAAUUCAUAAACAUAUCCCACCACCAAAAAGACAUUUACCUGGACAUGCAGAAAGUUAUAAUCCUCCACCAGAAUAUCUAUUUGAUAAAAAGGAAUUAAAAGAAUGGAAUAAAUUACAGACAGCACCAUGGAAACGAAAAUUACAUUUCAUUCCACAGAAAUUUAAUUCACUUCGCGAAGUUCCUUCUUAUCCGAAAUAUGUUAAAGAAAGAUUUCAGAGAUGUCUAGAUUUAUAUUUAUGUCCUAGAGCGUUGAAAAUGAAAUUAACAAUAGAACCUGAAGCUUUAGUACCUCAAUUACCUAGUCCAAAGGAUUUACAACUUCCUACAACAAUGUCCAUGGUAUUUAAAGGUCACACGGAUAUGAUAAGAAGUAUUACUGCAGAACCAAUGGGACAAUAUAUUGCUUCUGGUAGUGAUGAUAUGAAUUUAAAAAUAUGGGAAAUAGCAACAGGAAGAUGUGUAAAAACAAUUCCAUGUGGAGGAAUUAUUAGAUCUAUAGCAUGGUCUCCAAAUCAAUCUCUAUCACUUAUAGCAGUAGCUGCAGAUAAAAAAAUUCUUUUGAUAAAUCCUGGUAUAGGAGAUCAUUUAAUUACUAAUAAAACAAAUCAAUUACUAGAAAUAAUACCACAAAGUGAUAUUAUAGUAAGUGAGAGAGUGAAAACUGCUGUUCAAUGGGAACAAGCAGAAGGUGAACAUUGGACUAAUGGAAUCAGAAUAAUUUUAAAUCAUUUUAAGAUAGUGAAACAAGUAACUUGGCAUGGUAAAGGUGAUUAUUUUGCUGCUGUUAUGCCAGAUGGUCAAAACAGAUCUGUCUUAAUAAAUCAAUUAUCAAAACGAAGAUCUCAAUUACCAUUCACUAGAUCAAAAGGUUUAAUACAAUGUGUCUUAUUUCAUCCAAUUAGGCCUUAUUUGUUUGUAGCAACUCAACGAAACAUACGAAUAUAUGAUUUAGUAAAACAAGAAAUGAUUAAAAAAUUAUUAUCGAAUUCACAAUGGAUAUCAUCAAUGGCAAUUCAUCCAGGAGGUGAUAAUAUUUUAGUAGGCACUUAUGAUCGCAAAAUGCUUUGGUUUGAUCUUGAUUUAAGUACAAAACCUUACCAGACAUUACGUUUACAUGGUACGGGCGUUCGAAGUGUUAUAUUUCAUAAGCGAUAUCCUCUUUUUGCAUCUGGUUCUGAUGAUAGGAGUCUUAUCGUUUCUCAUGGAAUGGUGUAUAAUGAUUUAUUGCAAAAUGCAUUGAUUGUACCACUUAAAAGAUUAUGCAAUCAUGAAUCUUAUAAUGAUUUUGGUAUUUUGGAUGUGAUGUUUCAUCCUAUUCAACCAUGGGUAUUUUCUGCAGGUGCAGAUUCAACAAUACGAAUGUAUACUUGAAUUAUAUAUGUAUUUAUAAUCACAGUUAACAAUGUUUUUUCUUAUGAAUUUUUUAUGAAUAUAAUUUUCAAUGCAAUCAAAUUAUGAAAUUAAAAUUAUUAAUUUUAUUAAUAUCAUAAAAAUUUUGAUAAACAAUUUUUUAUAAAUAAACUUUUUC